GACCUCACAUUGCCGAAGAAUACAACUUCAUUACAUGACUAUUUCCAAUAAGCUGGAAACUUGUGGUCUACAUAUCUACCGCACUAAUUAACUGGCAAUCAAUCAUUCAGCAAAAUCCCCAUCAAUCACAAUUCGAAAGAUAAUCAACGACCAGCCAGGGCUCAUCGUGCGAUCUCCAUCAUCUGAACAAGAAACAAGAACAAUGUCCCUCCAAACCCCACGAAUCCUCCCCUCUCACCUUCAAGCCUUCCACCCUUCAUCUGGCGGCAACCAGCGCAUCAACACAGUCCGCAUCCUAGGCACUGUAACCGCGCUGCGCGGCGAAACGGCCGUUAUCACAUGCGGCAACCAUGGAGAUGUGACGUUACUAUUGAAGCCGGAUUCGCAUCUGCAAAUGGGGAAAUUGGUGGAGAUUGUCGGGAAGGUUGCUGAGUUAAGUGGUGGGCAGGGACUGGGUAUCAAUGUUUUGGCGACUAUAGAUUGGGAUAGUCCUUUGAAUUUUGAUUAUAAGAUUUACGAGCACGUUGUGGAUGUGACCCAUAGAUACAAAGAGAUUUUCUACGACUCUUAAGAGGAUAAGCGAAUGAAUUAAUGACAAAAUUUCCUUUUGAGUGUAUCAUGUUUAAGACUAGCUUAUAUCUUCUGUACCAGUGGGCCUACCUGCUCGACAACUGUCGUGUACAGCUUUCAAAGUUCUGUUUAUUUCAUAAAGACAUUAAUUGAACGUA